AUGAUUCCGAUUGCUCGCCACUCUGCUCUGCGGGCUGCCCGCUCGCAGCUUAACCCAACCCGAGCUCUGCGCCAGCCCGCUUCCUCGGCGCUCGCCCGCCUGCUCUCGACCCUCGCCGUCCUCGAACAGCGCGAGGGCAAGCUGCAGAACUCGUCCCUCUCCGCAAUUGCCGCCGCACAGAAGCUUGGAGGCCCUGUCACAGCUUUCCUUGCCGGUAGCGGUGUCAAGGGAACUUCUGCCGCCGAAGCCGCAAAGAUCCAAGGCCUUGACAAGGUUGUCGCUGUGGAGAGCGAUGCCUACGAGAAGGGUCUUCCCGAGAACUACGCCCCUCUUCUCGUCGAGAACAUCAAGAAGGGCGAAUACACUCACAUCGUCGCCGGCCACUCUGCCUUCGGCAAGAGUCUUCUUCCCCGAGUCGCCGCCCUCCUGGACGUCCAGCAAAUCUCCGACAUCACCGCCAUUGAAAGCGAGGACACCUUCGUCCGCCCCAUCUACGCCGGUAACGCCAUCCUCACCGUCCAAUCAACCGACAACAUCAAAGUGAUCACCGUACGAGGCACCGCCUUCCAGGGCGUCGAGACAGAAGGUGGAUCCGCCGAGGUUGUGGACGGCGUUGACUCGAGCGCCGCCGCCCAGACCGAAUGGGUGUCCGAGGAACUGGCCAAGUCCGAGCGUCCCGAUCUGGCCACCGCUUCGCGCGUCGUCUCCGGUGGCCGUGGUCUGAAGUCGAAGGAGGAAUUCGACCGUAUCAUGCUCCCGCUCGCUGACUCGCUUGGUGCCGCUAUCGGUGCUUCCCGUGCCGCGGUCGACAGUGGCUUCGCCGAUAACAGUCUGCAGGUUGGUCAGACUGGUAAGAAUGUCGCUCCUCAGCUUUACCUGUGCGCUGGUAUCUCCGGUGCUAUUCAGCACUUGGCUGGUAUGAAGGAUAGCAAGGUUAUUGCUGCUAUUAACAAGGAUCCCGAGGCUCCUAUUUUCCAGAUUGCUGAUGUUGGUCUGGUGGGUGAUCUGUUUGAGAAGGUUCCUGAGCUUACGGAGAAGCUGAAGAGCGCUUAG